GUGAGGCGGGGGAGCGAAAUGGAGGCGGGAGGAGCGGAGCGGAGGCGGAACGGGGGCGAUGGCUGAGGCGGGGGUGGAGGCGGGAAGGCGGAGCGGAGGCGGAGGCGGAGGCGAUGGCGGAAGCGGAGGUGGAGGGAACGGAGGCGAUGGCGGGAGCGGAGGCGGAGGCGAUGGCAGAGGUGGAGGUGGAGGGAACGGAGCGGAACGCAGCGGAGGCGGGGGGAGGCGGGAAGGCGGGAGGACGCGGGUAAAAGGCGAUGGCGGAGGCGAUGGCGGAGCGGUGGCAGGGGGAGCGGAGCGGUGGCAGGGGGAGCGGAGCGGAGGCGGGGGGAGCGGAGCGGAGGCGGAGCGGGGGAGGGAGGAGGCGGGGAGAGGGGAGAGGAGGAGGCGGGAGGAGGCGGGAAGGAGGCGGGAAGGAGGCGGGGGAGGGGAGGCGGAAGUGGCGGCAGCAGGCGGAGGCGGGCAGAGGCAAGCGGAGGCGGAGGAGGAGCGGAGGUGGAAGCGGGGGAAGCAGGGCGGAAGCGGGGGAAGCAGGGCGGAAGCGGGGGAAGCAGGGCGGAGGAGCGGAGGCGGAAGCGGGGGAAGCAGGGAGCGAAGGCGGGAGGCGGAGUCGGAAGCAGAGACGGGAGUGAAGGCGGGAGGCGGAGGCGGAGGCGCAGGCCCAGGUGCAGGCGGAGGCGCAGGCACAGGGGGAAGUGGAGGCGGAGGCGGAGGCGGAGGCGGAGUCGAAGGCGGAGGUGGAGGGGAUGAUGUGAGGCGGGAGCGGAGGCGGGAGUGGAGGCGGGAGCGGAGGCGGGAGCGGACGCGGGAGCAGAGGUGGGAGCGGAGGCGUGAGGCGGUGGCGGGCGGUGGAGGCGGUGGCGAUGGCGGGAGGCGGAGGCGGAGGCGGGAGGCGGAGGCGGGGGCGAUGGUGGAGGCGCAGGGAGAAGUGGAGGCGGAGGCGGGGGCGGAGGUCGAGGCGAUGAUGGGAGGCGAGAGCAGGAACGGUGGCGGGAGCAGAGGAGGGAGCGGAGGGCGUGUCAAGACGAAGACUGUCAGGUGGUUUCCGGACCUGCGUCAAUGUUGUACAAGCGGAGGGGAGAAGCAGAACCAUCUACCGAAGGUCAGCGCAAAUGGUGAGACGAACGUCGAUGUCUAUUUGUUUCCGAAGCGUCCUCGAUCGAACACGACAACAAGAACGGUUAUUGUGCCAUGCCGAGCAGCAAACACAGUGAUAGGUCUCUGCGCAACCGACAAAAUGGGGAGUAGAAUCCAGAUAGAGCGCCCAAGGAAGCGCCAGUGCUCGAACGCUGAAGGCGAACAAUCCAGAGAGAGAGACGAUGUACAAGACAUGGGCGAGAAGUUUGUUGUGAAAGAAAUGCUCUGCGGCAGCAUGGCGCAAGAAUUGCGUGACAACGGCACUGAGGAAGAGAAACCCAAUGACGACGAUGAUGAGGAGGGCGAAUCGAGCGACGACGAUGAUGAGGAGGAGGACACGAGCGAGGAUGCCGAUUCAGAAGACACAGACUCUGAGGAUGAUAAAGGGAAGAACGAGUCGAGAAUUGAUGUCGACAUGUUCAAGAAGAGUCUAUCUGGAGAUCUUUUAGGAGAAGCGAAGCAGAUAAUAGCGCAGGAGGUGAGAAGAGGACUAUACAGCAAAUCAAGCAAGAGUGAGAAACCUCCUUACAACUUGGGAAAGCGCAGCAGGAACGUACGUAUGUACAACAAGAAAGCUAACUACCACGUGAACAUGAAGAAGGUCGAACUAGUUCUGAAGGAAGAUUGCUGCAAGGCCAACUGUUACAGGAAGUUCACGGCGGUAGAUGUUUUCUACAAGCGCGAAGCGUUUUGGGCGAUGAAACAACUUGAGCAACUCAACUUCUUUCUCGCAGAGAUGAGGGCUGCGUCGUACUUUUCGGAUGAGGGAGAUUUAGAGGUGUUAAGAGUGACAUUCAACAGCGUAAAGGUUUGCACAAAAGCGUGGGGAAAGCUGUACGGAUGCUCGACUACACAUGUUGCAAAGAUACGCAAAGAAUUCAGAGAAGGAAUGGUGUUUAGUGCAACAAGAUGACGGGGAUGGCUUGCAGCCACUCGAAUACUACAAUAAACGCAUGCCCAGUGA